AGUAUUAGAGAUGGUGUGAGAGAUACGAAAGUAUUUUUAUUUGUGACUGAUGGGUACUUCAAAUGUACAAGUAUGACAUAUGCACAAUAAAUUCGAAUCUCUAUUCUCCCCAAUCACCAAAAAGCUUACAAAAAGAAAAUUAAAGUGCAGCGGAGACUCUUCUUCCAAAAGCAGUGACUUCAGCUUCAAUUUCCCACAAGCUGCUCUGUUUUGAUGGAUUCGAGGUGGAAGCGAGAGAGCAGCUCCGAUGGCGGACUUCAGCUGCCGGAAAGCCCACGGCAGCCAAUGGAGUUCCUCUCCAGGUCAUGGAGCAUCUCUGCUCUACAGGUCUGCAAGGUUCUAGCUCCUCCUCCUUCCUCUGCUGCAUCUAGUUUGCCUCCCAAACCUGCCACUCUUACCGCCGCUCCAACCGGCAGCAGUCCCUUGCCGGAGAUUUCCGCCGGCGAGUAUUUGGAGCCGUCUAAGCUCAUCGGAAGCGCAUUCCCCUUUGCUUCGUCAGCUACUUCUCAGCUGGUGCUCGAACGAAUAAUGUCUCAGUCGAAGCACAAUGGGCAAGAAAUAUCGCCGCUAACAUCAGGAAGGCUGUCGCAUAGCAGUGGACCUCUGAACGGUUCCCUCACAGAAGGCACCGAUAGCCCGCCGGUCUCCCCCUCCGAUGAGUUCGAAGAUGUUGUUAAGUACUUACAAGCAAACAACAGUCUCCAACCUUUAUUCACUAAUCAUAACACGAGUAAUGGAUACGCCGGCAGCGGAGCAACCACCCCUGCCGGAGGCAGAACGGUUGGGAGGUGGUUGAAGGAGAGAAGAGAGAAGAAGAAAGAAGAGAGCAGGGCACAAAACGCUCAGCUCCACGCUUUGGUUUCCGUCGCCGGAGUGGCUGCUUCAGUUGCGGCAAUCACGGCCGGUACUGCUGCCGCUUCAUCCACAGGAAAUGAUGAGAGCGCCGCCAAGACAGACAUGGCUGUGGCCUCAGCUGCAAUGCUGGUGGCUGCGCAGUGCGUGGAGGCCGCAGAGUCCAUGGGAGCCGACCGCGAUCACCUUAUCUCCGCCAUUAGCUCUGCCGUCAACGUUCGUUCCCAUGGAGAUAUUUCAACCCUCACAGCCGCAGCGGCCACAGCUCUACGCGGAGCUGCUACUCUCAAGGCGAGAGCGUUGAAGGAAGUCUGGAGUAUUCCCACAGUCACAGCUGCGGCGGUAGAGGAUGGACAGGGAAAACUCAAUAAAGGUCCAACAUGCAACAACAACGGCUAUUGCGAGGGACUGGACAUUGAAGAAAAUUUCUUAGGUGUUUGUAACCAGGAAUUGUUAGCCCGAGGUCGGGAGCUGCUCAAGAGAACCCGGAAUGGUGAUCUACAUUGGAAAGUAGUAUCCGUUUAUAUACACCGUAGCGGAGAUGUAGUGCUAAAGAUGAAGAGUAAGCAUGUUGCUAAUACCAUCACAAAGAAGAAGAAGAAUGUAGUAUUAGAGGUAUGCAAGGAUGUGCAGGCUUGGCCAGGGAGACACUUGUUUGAGGGGGGGCAACACUUUAGAUACUUUGGGCUAAGAACACAAGUGAGGGGUUUGGUUGAAUUUGAGUGCAAAAAUCACAAGGAAUAUGAAAUGUGGACUCAAGGCGUUUCAAGGCUUCUCUCUGUUGUGGCUGAAAGGAAAAGAAGAUUGAAUUCUUAUUGAAUUAGGAAGAACAAACCAAAUGUGGUUAUAUAUGAAUGUAGAUGUUGGUAGAUGAUGAAUGCGGAGGAGCGGGCCAGCCUGAAUUUGCAUAUAUAUAUAUAGUGUCAGUAUGUAAAAUAGUGUGUGUGUUUUCUAACUUAGUGCAAAACUUUUUCGGGAAUGUGCUUUUAUUUUGAGUAUGUUUGGAACACGAAAAUGCUACGGAAAGAAAAUAGGAGUUGAGUGAAUGUAAUUUCUUUCCUUUUCGCGGGAUUUUCGGCGAUCCAAACAUAGUCUAAAGCAAUUGAGUUAUCGCGAUUGGUGAGACAAAGCAAACAUCGUGAGAUUUCCAAUGAAUUCAUUUUGUGUGCAAAUAUUGAGGAUUCUGAUUGAGAAUUCAAUGCCCGAUUGGUCGAAAUAUUUAUGUCUAUGAGACGAUUUACGGUUUUUGGUUGGAGAAAUGUAUUGACAUUGUCAUUUGUUAUGGACUUUUUAUGAAUUUCACUUUUUAUGUAUUUAUCCAUAUAAAC